AUGGGUUACUGCAUGCCACGUACUGCAUACGUUAAUCCAAUCAUCAUCGCUUGUCAGCCAACACCUUUAGAAACCACAAAUGGGCAAAUUAGUGGACCUGUGGCAUGGGGAGCCCAGGGGGAGGUGGAGUUGUACGCACGUGUUAUCCCCACAGAAGUUAGUGAUGUAUAUCAACCCCACGAGGUGAAAAGCAAGUACUACAAGAGAGAUGAGGGGCAGGGCGUGAUGUACGCAAGCAACAACGACUUGUACCGAGCCAACGCGGCUGCGUGGCACGACUCAUUGCAGGCGUGGACGGCUCCAACGCCACCGAAAGCGGAGGAUAUACCGGAGGUUUGUAGGAAGGAGAUGGUAGCAUGGGAUAAGCUUGCAACCGAGGUGGCAGAGACUGUGAUGGAGUUGCUGUCACAAGGGUUGGGGUUGGAGGCUUGGAAGUUGAAGGAGUUAAAGUGCUCCGAUUCAAGGGCUUUUGUGGGUCAUUGUUAUCCGUACUGUCCUCAGCCAGAUCUGACGGUGGGGAUUACAUCGCAUACUGAUCCGGGCGUGGUGACGGUUCUGCAGCAGAACCACGUGCCUGGCUUGCAAGUGAAGCGUGCGGAUGAGUGGGUGAACGUAAAUCCUGUGCCUGGAGGUUUGAUUAUUAACGUUGGAGACUUUCUUCAGAUACUCUCAAAUGGAGAGUACAAGAGUGUACAACAUCGUGUACUAGCUAAUUCCUAUAAAGAAGCACGAAUCUUCAUCGUCAUGUUUUUCAACGUAAAAAAAGGGAAAGAUUGUUAUUAUGGACCUCUGCCGGAGUUGUUGUCACCGGAAAAGCCAGCUAUCUAUGAGAAAUUCACUAUGCAGGAAUAUUUAGAGAAUUUUUAUUGCAAAGGAUUGGAUAGUAAGAGUAUGAUCGGGAAAAUUACAAUACAAAAUUAGCAUAUAUAUAUAUAUCAUGGCAUUUUGUAUAAUAAAAGGGAUGGUCUCCAUCGAUCACUAUUUAAUUAAUCAGCAUUGUUAAUAAUCAUGCUUAUAAUUAGUAUAUGGAACUAAUGAAAGCACCCUAUAUAUGGGAUGUCUUUUUGUUUAUUUAUUUAUUUUUAAUUUGUUAUA